AUGCUACUUCUAGCAACUUUUUCAAUUCUUCUACUCCAACGAAUCUCUGCCCAGCCAAACACAACCGCAGUUGCCUUCAAUGGAACCUCAAUGCGAGAGCAGAUUAUGGACUAUCUCUUUGAGAAUUAUCAAAGUCACGAAAGACCAGGAGCUGCUAUUAAAGAACCGUCGGUUGUCAUUGUCUACAUCACUGUAACAGCUAUCACAUCAGUUGAUGUACGAAUGAUGGAGUAUACCGCUGACAUGAUGUUGCGUCAGGAGUGGAGAGAUCCACGUCUAGCUUGGGAUAGGCACCCAGUUUUUAAACAAUUCACGAAAAACCUUGUCUCUCCUGAAUUAAAAGGAAAACUAUGGCUACCUGAUCUCUUCUUUCGAAAUGGCAAAGAAGGUCGCCUACACAAAAUGACCCUUCCCAAUUACCUAACACGGAUUUCGCCAGAUGGGAACAUCCUCUAUAGCCAAAAGAUCACCAUGCGUUUCUCCUGUCAAAUGGAUUUAGCCAACUUCCCUAUGGAUAGUCAAGACUGUACCAUGAACAUCGGGAGCUAUGGUUACGAGUACUCAGAACUUCAAUUUGUUUGGCGGAACGAUACACCAAUUUCCAUGUCACCUGGAAUGCAGAUUUCGGAGUUUAACAGUCCUGAAAAUGUAGUCUCCUAUGAUUGUAGCGCUGAGUCGUCAACGUCGACGGGGAAUUACACUUGUCUGGAGAUUCGUUUCACACUGUCUCGUGAACUCGGCUCCUGGCUCUCCAGCGUCUACAUCCCCAAUUUCCUCAUUAUAGUCGCUUCGUGGCAUAGUUUUUGGGUGGACUUAGACGCGAAACCAGCUCGAGUCACUCUGGGCCUACUAACUCUUCUUAGUAUCCUCACACAGGCUUCUGGGGUAUCAUCCAGUCUUCCACGAGUCUCAUACAUUAAAGCGAUUGAUGUGUGGAAUAUUGCAUGCAUAAUUUUCGAUGUUGGAGUGCUAAUUGAAUUCACUAUUGCAUCACACGUAGCGAGACAUAUAAAAGCAGAGGAUUGGAAGGAUGAUGUUCGCAAUGCGGUGCGUCAUGAGCUGUCGCGGUGGUGUGCAACCUGUCAACAGGUGUUUUAUCGACGCGGACCCUCGGCCUCAGGAAUCUACUUAUCCUCAGCAGGAUUUCCCGAGGCCAGUCCACGCAAAUUCAUUGACUCGGCUAAUGCCACAGCAUUAGCUUUGAAGAGAGGAAAACUGGAAUUUUGUGAAGAGAUGGAGCGCAUUCUCAUUGAAGUCUUUUUGCCUGAAGAGAUGAGCAAAUCUAAGAUUUUUCCUGCAGACAUUGGACAGAGUAAAGCAGAGCUUCAACAGAAUAUAAUAAUGACGGAUGCUUUGAAUGCCGCACUGCUACCAUGCGAAGAAGAUCGUGAAUUUCCCAUCCCUAAAAGUGAUGAAUUGCCGACGCGUAAACCUAAAAAGAUAUCUGAAAUCGACGGCUACAGUCGCUUCCUCUUUCCUGCUUGUUUCCUCCUCUAUAACUGCUUCUACUGGCUCUAUUACCUCGUGCUGGUACACCGAAUGUGA